AUGUUCUAUUACAGUACAGCUAUUACAGUUACCGAGAUACCAAUGCUCACUAAAAAAACAGUGGAAAAUAUUUCACAGAUCUUUGAGACAAAAGAAAUUUUUUAUGUCCCAAACUUAAUCAUUAUUAAUCAACUAACUAGUUUAUAUAACCAACAUAAAGAAAAAGGAAUAUCAGUAAAGCAGAAAAAUACAAACUUCAAAAUAAAGACACAUAAAUAUACAGGUUGCUGUAAUAAUAAUGAAAUAGUAUUCCUUGAUCAAUGGUUUUCAAAGAACUCUUCUUUUCUUUAUGGUGUGAAUUUAUUUCCAAAUAAAUUAACUGACCAGAAAGGCAGAAGUGUUAGAGCUGCUGUUUUUACAUACGAACCCUACACAAUUGUUGAUUCAAAUAACAGCUACAGAUAUAUGGGCUCAGAAAUGGUAACUUUACUUGUUUUUUCUCAAUAUCUGAAUAUGACAUUAAUACCUGUAAUCAAUGAAAACGAUUACUGGGGAGAAAUUUGGGAUAACUGGACUGGAAAUGGUUUAUUAGGUAAUCUUGUCGAAGAUAAAGCUGAUAUUGGUGCAGCUGCUUUAUAUACAUGGGAAAGUGCCUACAAAUUUCUUGAUCUGUCAAAACCGACUGUAAGAACGGGUAUAACAUGUAUAGUACCAGCACCUAAAUUAGCGGCGGGAUGGUUGAUGCCCUUAUAUGCUUACACGCCUGAAACAUGGCUAGUUGUAACUGCUACUGUAAUAGUAUGCAUUGCAUCUACAUUCGUGUUUGGACUUUUGUAUCUCUCCGAAGAUAAUAAACAUAGAAGAAAAAACAGAAGUUUAACUAGAAUUAAACUAUUUGAAAACGUGACAACGUGUGUUGCUAAGCCAUUUUUAAUGCAAAAUGUGACAGAAAAAGAAAUAAAGAAAGGAAAAUCAAGCAGAUACUUUAUGGGGUUAGUUUUCAUGACUGCUCUAGUUUUAAGUACUACAUAUGACAGUGGAUUUGCAACAAUAAUGACUGUACCAAGGUAUGAAAACCCUAUAAAUACAGUUGACGAGUUUGUUGCCAGUGGAUUAUCAUGGGGUGCAACACAAGAUGCUUGGAUUUUCUCCAUACAGGACGCUAAAGAAAAAAAAUAUAAAACAAUCGUUGAAAGAUUUAUAGCAACAUCAGAACAUGAAUUAAGAAAAUUGUCUCUGACUGAUAAUUUUGCUUUUUCAUUAGAACGACUACCGCAUGACAUUUUUGCUAUAGGCUCUUAUAUAAAAGAGGACGUUAUACAAAACUAUCAUUUAAUGAGCGAAGAUUUUUAUUGGGAAGAUUGUGUGGUAAUGUUACGCAAAAAUUCUGUGCUCUUGCCAUACCUUGAUGCCUUUGUAUUAAGGGUUUUUGAAGCUGGGCUUAUAUCCUACUGGCAAAAUGAAGCAGCAACCCUUUAUUUGGACCAGACAGUUCAGAAAGCAGUGAAAUAUUACUUACAUCAUCAAAAUAGACAGAAUAUUGUCAAACUAAAAAUGAUACACGUAGAAGGCGCAUUUGGUAUCUUAUGCUUCGGAUAUCUCUUUGCUUCAGUUAUAUUUGUGUUGGAAAUUAUCUACUACAAUUUUAGUAGAUAA